AUGCCGAUCAAAUGGGUUUUGCGUUGGCAAUCAAAUGCAGGCACAACAGUCAAUAGUCAAAUACUGAUAGAAGUAUCUAAUUGUACUGAGAGCAUCAAUGGUGUUAAAGAAGGAAGAUGGAAAAAUACUUUUACCUUCUAUAAGCCCAUACUCAAAGAACAAGCAAAUGCAUCGGAAUUUUCCCAAAAAAUUUUGGGGGUUUCACUUCAAGAACAACCCAACAAGUUUUACAUGGAACUUAGUAGGCAACGACUGGUUGUGAAAGCAGAGUCAUCAAUGCAGAUGAUAAAGGAGAACUUACAAUCUUAUAGAAUGAAGGUUGCAGUUAAUCGAGAGGGGUUUCAGUAUCGACUUGGUGACUUCCGGCUGCGAGUAGGCAAAGCUAUUCCAAUAAAUUCUGAGAACUUGAGGGGAAUAGUUAUGGAGAUGGAGUAUCUUCCGAUUUCCUCAUGGAAAACAUCACAUUUAAUUAUGAGUGAAUUCUUCGAGAUAUGGAAGGAAACUCUGGGGAAAAGAUCAUUACCGGGUCAUUUUGUGCAUGUUGAACCAAAUUUUUCAGAGUUUGGCCUCUCUGAUCAAUACACUUCACAACACACAGUUGUACAAUAUGCUAGCAUCUUGGCUCAAAUGGCAACAACAUCUCAAUCAUCACAAGCAACUAGAAAUUAG